AUGCUCUUUCAGUUCUUACAGAUGGAGCAUAAAAAACUGCUACGGGAGGAAGACUGGCAGCUUUUGAGGAGUCUGCGAAUGUCCACCCUGAAAAGAGAAAAGCAACGUGUCGAAAUCUGCUUCCAAUUAGCAAAUCACGUGGUCGACACUUCGAUUCUUCGCAGUAUGGCGGAUGGGUUGCGCGAGUAUCUGGUCGCGAAGACGUCGAAGGAGGAGGACACGGAUGAUUAUCCUCAGGUUGAGUUUGAGAUUACAGCGCUUUAUUUCCCCAACUGCCGCUUUUUAAAUGGAGCGGAGGAUUUAAAGUUACUCGCACUGAUUGUCACACUUUCAUCGUCAAUAAUCCGCAGUCUGAUGCUGCCCGGGGCGUUUUUCAACUCGCUGCGGAAUCCUGCGGGGCUGUUGGGCUUCCAGUCUUUUGCUAGACAAGUGCUGGCACCGUCUUCGCCUCUGCGAUCGCUGGACCUGACACGCGUGGGGAUUGAUAGCAACUGUCUGGCGUCUUUAUGCUCUGCGUUGCGCUAUUCCUCGAGGCUAACGAAGCUGUCUAUUGGCCACACCAUUCGCGGUGCACAUAUGAACUCUCGUUUGGACUGGGCCUGGAUCUGUCUGGCUGUAUUCCACGUAGACUCAGGCUGUGAGUUGGCGCAUUUCGACGCUUCCGGGCUGCAAUUACCAACUUACGUCGUGGAAAUACUCACCGCGAUGCUCGCCUCUCCUCAUCCUGGGCGGACUGUGUUGCUCUUGCAAGACGGAUGCUUACCUGAGGGAGAAGGCUGUGAAGAGUGCGAAUUGCCUCCAAACGCGCGCCUAUUCGUUCGGCUUCUUGACGGUGCCCAGGCGUGGACAAGUCCGGGUGCUUCUGUUGCAUGGCCACAGUUGCUACCGGAGACACUACAGCCAAGUGACUUUGAAUACGAAGUCAUGGUGCGUUUGACCGACUGGCUGUGUAUUUUGAUUCCAGGAUAUGGAUUCGGUUGGGUGGUCAGAAGUGCGGUAAGGUAUCACGUUUCAAAACCAUCGCACGUGAAGAGAAGAUCUGGCGUAAGAGCAAGGUCAGGACUGCGGUCGCUCACCUAUUGUGGGUUGCAGGAGCAAAGCGAAGGCGUGGUGGGUCUGCUGCGUCUUUUAGGAAGCUCCUUGACCUCCGUGGUUGUCCCAUUCUGUGGACUUGACUCGCAAGCCCUGGAGAUAAUUUUGUCAGCGUGUCCAAAUCUCACCAGCUUGAACAUGACCGGCAACGUCAUGAAUGACUUGUCACCUUUACUAUGCGCCAUUAAAAAAGGUCGAUGCCACAUUGAGAGUCUGGGGGUGUUUGUGGAAUGUGUGAAUGCCACCAUUGCGGCUCAGCUCCAAGAGUUGCUUUUGCAACCUAACUCUAAGUGCUUACAGGGUCUUCAGCUUGAAACCACCAACACGGAAGCGGACAGCAACAACAGCGAGAAGAGGAUUUGGACUCAAAUUGAACGAGCUCUUGCUAGCUCAAGUCUACGCUGUUUACACUUAUCAGUGCCACCUGCGGACACGUACGAAGCUGCAACGUCGUUGAUCACGCCGCUUCAUGGGCAAAUAUUACGUUUCAUUACACCGAUGCGACUCAAGAUUGCAUUUCUCAGCGUCGUAGAGCAUGCAUCGUCGCCUUUGUUGGUAAGUGCGCUAGAUCACAUGGUGCUAUCCAAUGUUUUCUCGUUCGCCACCACCUCGGCAACACGUCGUCAAAUCAAUGUGCGCCGCUGA